AUGUUCUGCGAACAAGGCGUGGCGCUUCAAGAUCUAGGCCGAGAAGACGCGGGGUCAGGAGACAAAGGGAAGAUGUGGGACCAGGGAGAUGCGGCACAGACGAUCACUGCAAGAUGGAGGGGCCGCUGGCAAUCAGCUGAAGAUGGAGGGGGAGUGCCGCGGUGGGAGGGAGUCGUCUUCCUCAAAGAGAGCUUUGUUCUGUACUUCUGUUGGCUACUAGCUCACUUGACGGAAGGGAAGGUCGAAAGUCCAAACAAGGGUUAA